GAAGAGGAGAAAGGAGGAGAGAGCGAGACAGAGCGAGCAAUCGAGAGAGAGCGAGAGAGGAAAUUCACGCUUUGUGUGACAGUGGACGCAUAUUGAAUGAAGAGGUAUCGGAUGCCCCUUAUUUGACCGUUAACGGAUUUUGAGGGUAAAACAUCUAUUUUGCAUAACAGACGCGUUUUUUUUUAUCCGCCUCCGGAUUUAAGGAUCGGAUUGACGCGUCGAUGGCAUCAGUACCGGAGGGUGUCCCUCUUGCCUCCACCAGGCACAGCCGGUAACGGGAAGGGCUGCUGCUGCUGCCGUUUCUAGGGUUAUAGAUUUAUUUCUUCUCUUGCGAGCUGUAACGUUGAGGGAAACGUGACCAGAGUAAACCGGGACAUUUCGCCGAUCAUGGAGUAAUGACCGAGUGAGCAGCGUAUGAGAGGUUCCCAAUGUUGAACAUGUCGACCCCCAGCGAGCUCAAGUCUCCGUGUGUCCCGAGAAACGGCAUGGUCAAGCUCCCCCCUCAGCCCAACGGUCUGGGCAGCGCCAGCAUCACCAAGGGCACGCCCGCCGCCAAGAACCGCCUGUGCCAGUCGUCCUCCGUGCCCGGCAUCCUACCCCCGCCUUCCCUACCCUACCACCUGGACCCCCUCAACCCCCUGGGUCCAGACCUGGACCACAGCCCCCUGACGGCCCUCAAACCCCCGCUGCGCCAGGUCCCACUCACCUUACCCAAGCCUCACCUUCCCCUCACCCUGCCUCUGGCCCUUCUGCUGCCCCUGGAGCGCCAGCUGGCCCUGGAUGAGAAGCUGCUCAACAGGCUGCUGUGGUACUUCACCACGGCUGAGAAGUGUGUCCUGGCCCAGGUGUGUAGGACCUGGAGGAAGGUGCUGUACCAGCCUAAGUUCUGGGAGGGUGUCACUCCCAUCCUCCACGCCAAGGAGCUGUAUGCCCUGCUCCCCAGCGGAGAGAAGGAGUUUGUCAGCCUGCAGGCCUUUGCUCUCAGAGGGUUCCAGGCGUUCUGUCUGGUGGGAGUUUCGGACCUGGACAUUUGUGAGUUCAUUGAUAAUUACCCCCUGUCCAAGAAGGGGGUGAAGUCGGUCAGUCUGAAGAGGUCCACCAUCACAGACGCAGGCCUGGAGGUGAUGCUGGAACAGAUGCAGGGUCUGAUGCACCUGGAGUUGGCUGGUUGUAAUGACUUCACGGAGGCCGGUCUGUGGUCCAGCCUGAACGCACGGCUCACCUCGCUCAGCGUCAGCGACUGUAUCAAUGUGGCAGACGACGCUAUCGCUGCCAUCUCACAGCUACUGCCCAACCUGUCAGAGCUCAGCCUGCAGGCCUACCACGUAACCGACACAGCCAUGGCUUACUUCACAGCCAAACAGGGCUACACCACUCACACGCUGCGUCUCCACUCGUGUUGGGAGAUCACCAACCAUGGUGUGGUUAACAUGGUCCACAGCCUGCCCAACCUCACGGCUCUGAGCCUGUCAGGCUGCUCUAAAAUCACUGAUGACGGGGUGGAGCUGGUAGCAGAGAAUCUGAGGAAGCUGCGGAGCCUGGACCUCUCCUGGUGCCCACGCAUCACUGACAUGGCCCUGGAGUACAUUGCCUGUGACCUCCACAAACUAGAGGAGCUGGUACUGGACAGAUGUGUGAGGAUUACAGAUACAGGUCUAGGUUACCUGUCCACCAUGUCUUCUUUGAGGAGUCUCUACCUGCGCUGGUGCUGUCAGGUGCAGGACUUUGGGCUACAGCACCUGUUUGGCAUGAGGAGUCUGCGUCUUCUCUCUCUCGCAGGUUGUCCACUCCUAACCACUACAGGUCUAUCUGGUUUGAUCCAGAUCCAGGAUCUAGAGGAGUUGGAGUUGACCAACUGUCCUGGAGCCACAGCUGAACUCUUCAAGUACUACUCACAACACCUGGCACGCUGCAUGGUCAUCGAGUAGCCCCCCCCCCACCCGGAUCCCCAUCACACCCCCCUCUAACCUAUCACCCUAUCCAACUACCAACUGACCUGCCUACCAAUCCCCUACCCACCUACCCCAACUACCAACCACUCCCUUACUUCAGCCCAACGAACGCAGAGGAGGAAUGAUGACCAUGUCGAUGGAGCCAGCCAGGAUCUCUGCUCCAGCCAGGAUCUCUGCUCCAGCCAGGAUCAACCAGGGAACAUUUACAGGAAAGAGGGGAUUUUUUGUAGAGGGAUAAACUAAAAAAAAGGGAAUUUAUUGGAUUGGAGGGAUGUGAGCGCAGAGGGAUUUUCUGUACAGACCAGAUAUGACAGUUUAACAUGGCUGUGAUGGACUCAAAGUGGAGAAAGGGAUGAGUCUGGGCACGUUCCACACAGGAUCAUCGAACACGCACACACACUGUACACACACACACUGUACACACAAACACACACACACACACACACACGAAACAUGUAACUCCACCAGACAACCAGACUUAGCGGUGACAUGGUGACAUCUCCGUGUCUCUCUGUGUGAGAAUGGGGUGACGUCAGACCCACUCCUCUAUCUCCAUGUCUUAGCAAAGAACUGAAGAAGAAAAAUGCCUCUGUAGAAUAACGCGCCAGAGCUGCACGCUUUACCCGCUCGUUGUCAUGCCGAUUCAUCUCUCUCUUUUUGUUGUUGAUAUUACUACUACUAUUAUUUUAUUUUUGUAAACAUUAUUUUGGGAAUCUGAGGACAACUGAGAAUGAAUUCCUGUGUGGAGGGAGGACACGUGUCUGAGGAUUUACAGUACUGGACCAGGACAACUACACUACCCAGGAAACACUGGGGUUUUGGAGGGUCAACCCUGAUGAGGUCACCAGAGGUCACCUGAUCAGACCCUGCAGAGGUCAGGGUCAGGACAGACUGAGACUACAGAGACUCUAUUCCACUUUACAUACACUAGCUGAUGCUGAUUGGUUAAGCUUGGCCUUUCCAACCAUUCUGUUUGCCAGUCCAUUCUGUGGUCAGUUUAAUAUUAGUGGUUAGAUGGGAGAGGACGACCGUCAUAUAAAUCCUUUGUGCCAUGGUUUUACCUGCCAGCAUCAGGACUUACCUCAACGUCUUGAUGCUAUGUGGCAGCACCUCCGUUUACACUGUCCGUUACAGUAAUGUACACACACACACACACACACACACACACACACACACACACACACACACACACGGUCGUUGUGUCUCUGAAUCAACUCAACACAAAAAAAGCCCUUUACCCAGCAUGCUUUGUGGUCCUCAUUCAAGAUGGCGGCUCUGUCAGAGGGCCAAGUUUUGCAGUCUUGUAAUAUCGAAUUUCUAUUCUAAACUUCACCUGGUGAACCAGCUCUCCUUACUGCUGUGUGUGUGUGUGUGUGUGUGUGUGUGUGUGUGUGUGUGUGUGUGUGUGUGUGUGUGUGUGUGUGUGUGUGUGGGGGGGGGUCCUCAGCUUGCUUCCUUCUGAGGAUUUGUGUCAUAAUGACAUCCAGGUUGAGCUGACUGUAACAGUUGUUUCAUAAUGACAUCCAGGUUGAGCUGACUGUAACAGUUGUUUCAUAAUGACAUCCAGGUUGAGCUGACUGUAACAGUUGUUUCAUAAUGACAUCCAGGUUGAGCUGACUGUAACAGUUGUUUCAUAAUGACAUCCAGGUUGAGUCUGACUGUAACAGUUGUUUCAUAAUGACAUCCAGGUUGAGCUGACUGUAACAGUUGUUUCAUAAUGACAUCCAGGUUGAGCUGACUGUAACAGUUGUUUCAUAAUGACAUCCAGGUUGAGCUGACUGUAACAGUUGUUUCAUAAUGACAUCCAGGUUGAGCUGACUGUAACAGUUGUUUCAUAAUGACAUCCAGGUUGAGUCUGACUGUAACAGUUGUUUCAUAAUGACAUCCAGGUUGAGCUGACUGUAACAGUUGUUUCAUAAUGACAUCCAGGUUGAGCUGACUGUAACAGUUGUUUCAUAAUGACAUCCAGGUUGAGCUGACUGUAACAGUUGUUUCAUAAUGACAUCCAGGUUGAGUCUGACUGUAACAGUUGUUUCAUAAUGACAUCCAGGUUGAGCUGACUGUAACAGUUGUUUCAUAAUGACAUCCAGGUUGAGCUGACUGUAACAGUUGUUUCAUAAUGACAUCCAGGUUGAGCUGACUGUAACAGUUGUUUCAUAAUGACAUCCAGGUUGAGCUGACUGUAACAGUUGUUUCAUAAUGACAUCCAGGUUGAGCUGACUGUAACAGUUGUUUCAUAAUGACAUCCAGGUUGAGUCUGACUGUAACAGUUGUUUCAUAAUGACAUCCAGGUUGAGUCUGACUGUAACAGUUGUUUCAUAAUGACAUCCAGGUUGAGCUGACUGUAACAGUUGUUUCAUAAUGACAUCCAGGUUGAGCUCACUGUAACAGUUGUUUCAUAAUGACAUCCAGGUUGAGCUGACUGUAACAGUUGUUUCAUAAUGACAUCCAGGUUGAGCUGACUGUAACAGUUGUUUCAUAAUGACAUCCAGGUUGAGCUCACUGUAACAGUUGUUUCAUAAUGACAUCCAGGUUGAGCUGACUGUAACAGUUGUUUCAUAAUGACAUCCAGGUUGAGCUGACUGUAACAGUUUACAGCGUAGCAUACACCUUAUGCCACACAGGGUACUUUUCUCAUGCUAUAUUUAGGUACGGCCUGGGUACACACACACACACACACACACACACACACACACACACACACACACACACACACACACACACGCACACUGCAUCCCACCGCCAUACCCCCAGGCAGACAGCUGUUCUAACAUUCUUUCAGCUCCAGCCCUAAAGAUAACAGUUUGUACUUGGACCUCAGGUGAAGGUGACAGGGGUGAUAUGGGUGAGAUAGAGGUGCAGGCCAGCCCCCAACAGCCGAUAGCAGGUUAUAGGCAUUUCUGCUUUUAAAGGCAUUAUCCCAUUGAGCCACCAUAUGUAGUGUUAACCGUGAGUGGGAUCUCCCGAACCCAGAAACAUUGCCUUUAAAAGCCUCACUGCCUCUAACCUUAAGUAUUCAUGUAGUGAGCUUGAGGAUUCCUGACUGUCUGAUUUCCUGCUUCACACAAACACUACAGGCCAGGAUGUUAACCAACUAGUCCCACUUUGAUUUAUUCACCUUCAAUGAUGUGCUGUACAUAAUGUAUUUAUCUAUUUAUUUCUGUAUUUAUUGACUGAGGAUUGUGAUUGGUUGAGACAGUCUUUCAGCCAAACAGACCAGUUUAAAGCUGAGCCUGUUGGUUUGGUGUGUCAUGAUACUGCUCAGUGGGUGGCCCAUUUAGGUUACGGGAAAAUCUGAAAUGGCUCCCUAUUACCUAUGUAGUGCACUACUUUGAGCCAAAAGAAGUGCCCUAUUUGAGGAAGGAAUAUUUAUAGGAAUAAGAGGAGCUUUUGAGCAAUACCUGAAGAACCUAUUCCCUAUAUAGAACAAGUCAACUACUUAGCCAAUAGGAGGAAUAUGGUUCCAUUCCAGAGGCAACCUACUGUGUCUGUUGAGCUGUGGCUGCUGGUCCACUAGGGGAUUCUAGCUCUUAGCUGUGGCUGCUGGUCCACUAGGGGAUUCUAGCUCUUAGCUGUGGCUGCUGGUCCACUAGGGGAUUCUAGCUCUUAACUGUGGCUGCUGGUCCACUAGGGGAUUCUAGCUCUUAGCUGUGGCUGCUGGUCCACUAGGGGAUUCUAGUUCUUAGCUGUGGCUGCUGGUCCACUAGGGGAUUCUAGCUCUUAGCUGUGGCUGCUGGUCCACUAGGGGAUUCUAGCUCUUAGCUGUGGCUGCUGGUCCACUAGGGGAUUCUAGCUCUUAGUUGUGGCUGCUGGUCCACUAGGGGAUUCUAGCUCUUAGCUGUGGCUGCUGGUCCACUAGGGGAUUCUAGCUCUUAGCUGUGGCUGCUGGUCCACUAGGGGAUUCUAGCUCUUAGCUGUGGCUGCUGGUCCACUAGGGGAUUCUAGUUCUUAGCUGUGGCUGCUGGUCCACUAGGGGAUUCUAGCUCUUAGCUGUGGCUGCUGGUCCACUAGGGGAUUCUAGCUCUUAGCUGUGGCUGCUGGUCCCCUAGGGGAUUCUAGCUCUUAGCUGUGGCUGCUGGUCCACUAGGGGAUUCUAGCUCUUAGCUCUGGCUGCUGGUCCACUAGGGGAUUCUAGCUCUUAGUUGUGGCUGCUGGUGCACUAGGGGAUUCUAGCUCUUAGCUGUGGCUGCUGGUCCACUAGGGGAUUCUAGCUCUUAGCUGUGGCUGCUGGUCCACUAGGGGAUUCUAGCUCUUAGCUGUGGCUGCUGGUCCACUAGGGGAUUCUAGCUCUUAGCUGUGGCUGCUGGUCCACUAGGGGAUUCUAGCUCUUAGCUGUGGCUGCUGGACCACUAGGGGAUUCUAGCUCUUAGCUGUGGCUGCUGGUCCACUAGGGGAUUCUAGCUCUUAGCUGUGGCUGCUGGUCCACUAGAGGAUUCUAGCUCUUAGCUGUGGCUGCUGGACCACUAGGGGAUUCUAGCUCUUAGCUGUGGCUGCUGGACCACUAGGGGAUUCUAGCUCUUAGCUGUGGCUGCUGGUCCACUAGGGGAUUCUAGCUCUUAGCUGUGGCUGCUGGUCCACUAGGGGAUUCUAGCUCUUAGCUGUGGCUGCUGGACCACUAGGGGAUUCUAUUUUUGUUCUGAUAGCAAUCUUGACUUUUGUGUCCAGCUUUACUUCAACAGUACUUGAUUGCAAUUUUAUAAAUUCACAUUGAAUCUUGAGGGUGCCGUGAAAAUAGUGAGCUGUUGUGGGCUUACAGAUUUGUAACGGCCGGGAGAGCCCAGCACAGAAUGUUUUCUUUCAGUAGUCUUUUUCCCGACACCCCUGGACCCCUAGCUAAGCUAGCUGGAUUGGUUAGUUUAACUAGCUGCAGACUGUCAGUUUAGCUAGGAUAGCUGGAUUGGUUAGCUUAACUAGCUGCAUACUGUCAGUGUAGCUAGGAUAGCUGGAUUGGUUAGCUUAGCUUGCUGCGUACUGUCAGUUUAGCUAGGAUAGCUGGAUUGGUUAGCUUAGCUUGCUGCAUACUGUCAGUUUAGCUAGGAUAGCUGGAUUGGUUAGCUUAGCUUGCUGCAUACUGUCCGGUUAGCAAAAAUGGCUGGAUUACUGACAUCAUCACCCCCCAACCUCAACCCUGUACAGCCCUACUGUACACUGUACUGUACCUAUGUUAAGGACAAGCACCAAGCUGACAGCCCCCCCCCCAUCUCUAACAGAAGAAGUGUCCAGGGGCAUUUGUCAUUAGCCACCACUUCUCUCUAUCUCUCUCCAUCUUUCUAACACAUUCUCUUUCUCUCUCUCUCUCUCUCUUUCUCCAUCUUUCUAACUAACACAUUCUCUCUCUCUCUCUCUCUCUCUCUCCAUCUUUCUAACUAACACAUUCUCUCUCUCUCUCUCUCUCUCUCUCUCUCUCUCUCUCUCCUUCUGUCUAACAGAGGAAGAGUCCAGGGACAUGUUUGAUGUAUUGUUUCACAUGGAGACCAACCCAACAGGUUAAAACUCUGUACUGAAUAAGACACAGUAUAAUAAUUAUAACAAUAAAAGUAUGUUGGAAGUACUUCUGAUUCACACAGAGGAACAUGUUUAGAGGGUUAAAAUACAUCAGUCUUCAGAACACUGUCAACAACUGGUUUGCACUGAUCUGGUACGAAGAGCAUCUGAAGACAGGAAUGUCUAUGGAGCAUAAACAUGGAAAACAGUUGCUGACUUAACAUGUAACUUCUAUCCAGGUCUCCAUUGGCGUCAGUUCAACUGUUUCAAUUCAACUGUUUCAGUUUAACUGAGUUUACAGUUUAACUGAGUUUACAGUGAUCUGCCGGUACGGUAUGGUGGCUUGGGAGGGACACUGGUCUAUGGGACGUUGUGGGGUAUUUAGGGCCGGGAUUCAAUCCAUAGAGCGCUCUCGGCUAUGCAGCUUUUAAAGGCCCAUGUUACUCUUAGGAACAACUGUACUCUACAUCUCUUGUCUGUCUGCCACACUCCCUUACCUACAUUCCUAUAUAAUGGGUACUAUUUUGGUAUCUCUGUUUAUUAUUUGUGACACAGAGGUCAUAUGAAGAUGUUUUCUGGAGGGUUUGUUUCUUAUAUUAUGUUUUGCUCAUUGUUUUGUGUAAAUACUGAUACUGUGGUGAUGAUAUGAAACAUUUGAUUGGACAGGAUAGAAGUGGUGUGGUGAAUCUAAAGGAUUUGAUUGGACAGGAGAGAAAGUGGUGUGGUAAUUCUAAUGGAUUUGAUUGGACAGGAGAGAAAGAGGUGUGGUGAAUCUGAAGGAUGGCUGCAGUGCCUUGUCAGAGAGCAGUUGUUGUUUUUUGACAUGGUUUUGGUUCCAGUCUGCACCGUUUUAGUAAAAGUUGUACAAAACUAAA